AUGGUGUCAACUCAUAAUCGUGAUAAGCCAUGGGAUACGGAAGACAUAGACAAAUGGUCUAUUGAGGAAUUCAAGCCGGAAGAUAAUGCAUCUGGGCUACACUUCACAGAAGAGUCAUCAUUUAUGACCUUAUUCCCAAAAUACAGAGAACAGUACUUACGAACAAUCUGGAGCGAUGUUACGCGGAAUUUGGACAAAUACUUCAUUGACUGCCAAUUAGAUUUGGUCGAAGGGUCAAUGACCGUCAAAACCACCAGAAAAACAUUCGAUCCGGCUAUUAUUUUGAAAGCAAGAGACUUAAUCAAGUUAUUAGCUAGAUCGGUCCCUUUCCCACAAGCCGUGAAAAUUUUGCAAGACGAUAUUGCUUGUGACGUUAUCAAGAUUGGUAACUUUGUCACCAACAAAGACAGGUUUGUCAAGAGAAGACAAAGAUUGGUCGGGCCAAAUGGGAAUACAUUAAAAGCAUUGGAAUUAUUAACCAAGUGUUACAUCUUAGUUCAAGGUAACACCGUGAGUGCCAUGGGUCCUUUCAAGGGGUUAAAGGAAGUAAGAAGAGUCGUUGAAGAUUGUAUGAAUAAUGUUCACCCUAUUUACUACAUCAAGGAGUUGAUGAUCAAGCAAGAAUUGGCCAAGAAUCCAGAAUUGGCCCAUGAAGACUGGUCAAGAUUUUUACCAAUGUUCAGAAAGAGAAACGUUGCCCGUAAGAAGUCCAAGAAGAUUGGUGAAAAGAAGGAGAAGAAGGUAUACACUCCAUUCCCACCAGCUCAAUUACCUAGAAAGGUUGAUUUACAAAUUGAAAGUGGUGAGUACUUCUUGGGUAAGAAAGAAAAGGAAAGAAAGAAGUUACAGGAGAAGCGUGAUAAGCAAGAGGAAGCUACCGAAGUUAAGAAACAAGAAAGAUUGAAAGACUUUGAAGCCCCAGAAGAAAAUUCGUACGAAAACAAGUUGGUCACCAAAGAGAAGUCCCAUAAGAAGGAUAAGAAGGACAAAAAAGACAAAAAAGAAAAGAAAGAUAAGAAGAGGUCAAAGCAUAAUGAUGACGAUGAAGAAGGUUCUAGCUCUAAAAAAUCUAGACAUGACUGA